UGAUUACUUUAUAAUGUUUGCACAUACGACUCAUAUAUUCAGUGACUAGCAUAACCAGGCAGAUGCAAAGAAGACGUCAGAAUUAUGGCUGCCUCAAGCAUUAUUAACCAAGUGAUGAAGUGUGCCUUAUUUGGAGUAGUUUUGGUCGUCUAUACUAAUACAACUGCUAGGUUAAGUCAGACAGAAGCAAUGGAACUGAAUGAAGGAAAGAAGAAAAACUGUAGUUGGACUUGCUUAACAUUUGCUCAGAUGUGGCCAGGAUCCUUUUGCAUGAAUUUACAACACCAUUUGAAAUGUAACAUUCCAGACUCAGUGGACACUUGGACAAUUCAUGGACUUUGGCCUUCACAUUGUGAGAAAUGCUGUACCUGCUGGCAUUUGUUCAAGUCAGAUCUUGAGGACCUGAAGCCACAGCUCUUAAAGUACUGGCCCACACUAAUCAACAGAAGCAGUUUCAGCUUUUGGGAGACGGAAUGGACUAGACAUGGCACAUGUGCUGCAUGCAAUGAAACUAUGAACUCCCCAGCCAAAUACUUUGGAAUGGGCCUCAAGCUAUGGAAUAGCUACAAUAUCGAUAGUUUGUUUUCCAAAGCUGGAAUUGUGCCUUCCUGUGAUCAGGCAUAUCAGCUGAGUAAUAUCUCUUCUGCUCUGAAGUCAGUUAUGGGCGAGGAUCAUGAACUACAGUGCUUACGUAAUUCUGAGAAUCAGCAAUUUUUAGUACAAAUCAAAGUUACACUGUUUAAAAAUUUCAGUUCUGGCUGCAAGAAGACACAGGAAGAUUCAGAGUUUUUCUAUUACAAGCCAUGUGAUUAUAACAAAGAAGUCUAUUUUGUUCCUAUCGAUCGAGAAAAGCCUGAAGAUCCUUGUUCCUGAAAUACAGCAUUGAUUUGUUCUUUCAAAGACAUAAAUAAAACAUUUUGGUGCUUGCUUUUUUACUUACAAAAUACAGAGCUUAAUCACUAUACAUAUGUUAUGAAUGGUAGUUCUACUGGAAAAUAAAUCUCUUUACCAGUAUUCCAAACAAAAUAA